UAUGCUUACAAAAUGGCCUUAUCAUCAAUGAUAACUCUAUGUAUAAUCGGUAUGGUAUUUAAAGAUGUGAUUGCGCUACCAUGCCUUUCGAUAGAAUCAAAGACAAAAUUACAAGCAACCAGGAAGGCACUGACAGUUCUGCAAUCUUCUAUUGAUAGUAGAAUAACAAACUUACAGAACGACAUGAAAAAUAGAAUAAAGAAAUUGGAUUAUGACAUGGGUUCUUUAGUUUCGGAUUUUGAGAAAAAACAAUGGAAAAAAUACAAUGGUCAUUGUUACUAUUAUGGAAGCGAGAAACUUACUUGGUUUGAGUCUGAGCAACGAUGUAUUCAUAUUGGAGGACAUUUAGCAAAAAUUGAUGAUGCGGCUGAAAACAAAUGGAUAUUAGACAACAGAACAUACAAACUUGAUGUUUGGAUGGGACUAACAGACCUAGAAGAAGGAGAAUUCCGUUGGAUUUAUGAUCAGACCAUAGCAAAAUACAAACCAUGGUAUAGUGGAUGGGGAAGUAAAGGUACAAGAAAUAACUGCGGAUUAAUCUUUAGUAACAACACCAAACCAUAUACCUGGCUUGAUGUUGAUUGCAAGAGAAAUUUCGUUUAUGUAUGUGAAAGUCAUUUCUGUUACUGAUGUUGGAAAUGAAAUCUUUUACCAUAUAAUAAAAAUAAAAUCAAUUUUCACGCCUGAAGAAGAUUUAGUUGAUAACGUUCUCACAAAACCCAUCUCAGCC